UAUCUGUUUGCCUACUUUUCACGAAUUCUUACGAAUCUGUAAUGAUGAAGAGUGCUUCCUUCAGUCAUUGUGGACAUGGCUGGACCAUUCUUCUGCGAGUUCACACACAUACCCCUGACUGCGAUUUAAGCACUCGAGUCACUGAGGUACUUAGGAGGGCCCAGGGAGGAGACACCACUGUUUAGCAGCUCUAAGUGGUGUUUAUAUAAACAGCGGCGCAUCAGUGUACACACACUGUCACUUACCGAGCCUGACCACUCCACAGCUACGCUUCGGAUACAACUCUUUGGGAAGGGACACAUCGGCUGGAAUUACAACCCGAUCCACCCAAUGGCUGUGCCCACCAAGUUUAGCUUCACCGUAAGGAGUAUUUUGGACUUACCAGAAAAUGAUGCCGAGAACGCCAAUUGCCUUCCACCUCUUCAUGCACUGACUGGAUCUCCGUACUCGUCCUGGACGGACAGGGACAGGGGCCACUGCGUGUCCUCCGAUGAGAGCAACCCCGAGACAUCCCCUGACUCUACCGGCAACGGCGAGGAAGCCACGGAAAUGGAGCAAAAGAAGAAGAAGCGACGCGUGCUGUUCUCUAAGACACAAACCUACGAGCUGGAACGGCGCUUUCGCCAGCAACGCUACCUGUCUGCGCCAGAGAGGGAGCACCUGGCGCGCGCGCUGCGACUCACGCCCACGCAGGUCAAGAUCUGGUUCCAAAACCACAGGUAUAAGAUGAAGAGAGCACGGACAGAGUGUGGGGUCCAGGAGGCCGGUCAGCCACCGUCUCUACGCAGGGUCAUUGUACCGGUUCUGGUUCGGGAUGGGAAACCCUAUCAUACUUGCGUCGCAGAGGCAGAAAAGGGAGUCUGCUCGAUCCCGCCCUAUGGGCUUCAGAGUUUCCAGCGCAUCCAGCCGUUCGCUCUUCUGCCCCAGUACCAGCACUUUACUCAGGACCACAGACCUCACUUCCUCUGGUGAACCCUCCGACAUGGAUCCAGCGUGCAGGGCGCCUGUUUGGACUAUUAUAAAUGUAUAGUGUAAACACUGACUGAGUAAAUGCAAUUUGCACAUAUUAUAUUUUAUAUUUAGGAACUAGUGUAUUUGUUUUCUCAUGUUUUCUGUGAAGUUUUGUUAAACUACGUACUGAAAAACUGGCUGUCAGGCCAAAUGUGUGUGAAUAUAUAUUAUAGUAGUUAAGAAGAUGAUUUAUGUUUUUUAUAGAAACACGAAAUAUAAGAUAAGAGAAUAACUGAAAAACUGGGCAUCAUAUCAGAGUUAGAGUUUUUUUUGUACAAAAAAAUAAAAAUAAAUGUUUUGAACUCCUUA